AUGUAUCGUUUUAUUCUAUUUCUAUCCUCAUCACUUGCAAGCUAUGAUUCUGAGAAAAUUUUAUUUUGCAGAAAUCUCGAGUGCUUAUAUACAGGCGAACGGGUCUGUGGGGUGAGGGAGGAAGGUGAUGGUUUCCGAUUAAAGGUCUUUGAAGACGAGUGCCACUUACUACGUUAUGGAUGUAAUGUUACCGAGGACCAAGCAUAUGGAGUUAUAAAUAUGGAAUAUUGUUCAAAUGCCUUACCAAAUAACUCGCUGAACGAAUUGCAUAUAAAACAAUUGACUGUCGACAAUCACCAAUGCGAUGUAAAUUUAAUGUGUAAUAAUACAGAAAUUUGCGCCAUACGGGAAGAAGGAGAAGGGUACAGAGUAAAAAGAUUUCCAAAUAGAUGCGAGCUGAAUAAACACAACUGCAAUAAUAAUAAAAAAUAUACAGAGACAGAACUAUUCAUUUGUGAAUCCGCACAUAUAGAGAAACAAAUUAAAGAUAUUGAUAAAAGAAAAAACCAAAUUAAUGAUAUAGUUAAUAGAGAAAACGAAAUAAAUGAUAUAAAGAACUUAGUUAUAAUCAAUGGUGGUAUGUUAGGUACAGAUAAUGUCAAUGAAAGUAUAGAUAGCUUCUUCGCUGCUACCCAUGUAUUUGAUUUGCCUGUGAAAGAAAUGGAUCCGUUUAACACAAGGAGACGUUUAAUAAAGAACGCAGGUCCAGUAAAAAUCUUCGUACCACUGAUCAUGAUACCGAAGGAAAAGAAAAAUGAUACAUACCAUCGCCCAACACUUUCUACGUGCUAUCACACUUGUCCUACUAAAUGUCCAGACACCUAUGCUCCCGUGUGUGGUGUAGCCGGCAUCAUGGCGAGGGAACCAGCCCUGAUGUUCAAAAACCACUGUUUCAUGGAUGUCGCACAAUGCAAGAUGUUUUGGGAGAACAAAAGUAGUACUUCACAUAGCUCUUCCUACAUCGAAUCCUCCUUCCUAUUCUGUAUGGGAGACGAAAUGAAUGCCUUAUACAGAUUCUUACCAGCAAUACGUACUCUCCAACGCAUGGGUCGACUGAAGAAGAAGGGGAAAUUCCGGUUAAAAAUGAAAAACUUUAGAUUUAUAAGCGAAUUUCGUUCCGGACGCCCUAAUUUUAUGGGAUAA